AUGUUUACACCAGGCCUCACAGAUAAUUCAUCGCCGAAGGCUGUACCAACACCGGCGAGCGGCCCUCGUGAAAACAUAUCGCUGAUGAUGAGGCUGGCAUCUGAAGCAGUCAAGAGUCCUGAAAGUAACGUUGGCCCAAAUUUAGGCUUGACGACGCCAAGAUCCAGUAUUGUUUCACUUGCGACGGCCUUCAAGGCAGCUCGAACACCAGUAUGCAAUGCUUCCGAGCCAACCGAACCUGAGACAUGGUCCCUCACAGAGAGGGCGCUGGACAUGAAAGUCCUUCAACUCGCAAAUAAACUCAUACUUGAGCGAGAGGAGCGUGAGAACCUGUGUCAGGAAAUCAAGUGUCUACAAGCCGACAACAGCUUACUACGAUCAGCCAAUAAAAGUGACGCUCUCAAACAUGAAGAAAAUGCCGUAUAUCUCCAGCGGGCUAUAGACGAACUUCAGCAAUCGAUCAGGGGAAUGCGCAAUCAACAUCACUCUGAGAGUGAGAACUACAGAAGGGUAACCGAUAACCUUCUUUCGGAGCUUGAGGGAUACAAGGCACAACUUGCGACUGCCCAGGAAGAAAGGGACACGAGUUCGACUUUAGCUCAGGAAUCCAAGGCACAGGCCAGCAAUGCAAAAGCCGCAUUUGAGUUACUUUCCAAGGACAUGGAAGAUUCAAAAAUGAUUCACGAGUCAGAGAUUCGAUCACACCUUGCACAACUUGAGGCACAUAGACACACGAUAUCUGAACUUCAAUCGGCUCUUGAAAUUGCAGACAAUGCGUCGAAACGUGAAAAAAGGCUCGCAGACCGCCACGAAGAACACAUGGCGAAUAUAACAGAGUCGCAUGAUGCCGAAAUAGAGCGUAUGCAGAGACUACUUGAUACCAGUUACAAAACACUACAAGAGUUCCAGGACGAGUUGCACCUGGUCCAAGAGAGUCGAGAAUCACUCAUAGGCGAGCGAGACCAGGCAUUGGCAAAAGCACGACGACUUGAAACCAAGAAAGCAAAGCGUGGUCGUCAGGUCGAUUUCGUGGAUCAACUCGUUAUUCUUUGCGUGGACGCUAGUAACAGCUCGCAAGACGUAUUCCAUCAGGUUAAGCAGGUCUACCGAGACUUGCUUGUUUUUCUAAAAACCAAGAACAGCGACACAAAAGUAGCAGUGAUUACUCAUGGACAUCCCAAUAACCUUGAUGUGGCUCCUCCAGAAAUGAUCACAACGACGACUUUGCAGCUGCUCAACAGCGUGAACACCGCAGGCACUGAGGAUUACUCUUAUUGCCUGAGUAAGGCGAACGAGAUUAUUGGUUCACGCAUGGGAAUGGGGAGCGUCUUCGAAACCAAAGUGAUUAUCAUGAUUGGUGACGGAAAUGCUAUUUGCGACAGUAGUUCGGGCAUCGAGGCCGAAAUUCUCAUACUUCAACGCCAAAACAUUCCUGCUCACUCCGUGAUUGUCCCUAAUGGCUCAAAGCGGUUCAAAGGCUACACGAUGACGAAGAUCUCGGAGGAGACUGAGGGCGUGAUUUUGACUAUUGACAAUUAUUUAUCAGAGUUGGACAGACUCUCUGCAAGGAUCUAG